AUUUUUUCCUCUAUUCGUGCACAGCUGGGUCAUCCUAUUCAUGAGAAAGCAUUUUACUUAACAAUGGAGCAUAAAAGGAAGCUGAAAGAGGAAUAUGGAAUUGAACCAUGGACCUUUGUCCAGAGAUUAGGCGAUGCAGUUUUGGUACCAGCUGGCUGCCCUUACCAAACUAGAAACUUCAAGUCGUGCACAAGUAUGUCUAUCGACUUUGUUUCAGCCGAAAGCGUCGGUCAGUGCAUCCGCCUAUCAACGGAGUAUCGGCGUCUCCCCAAGAAUCAUAGUUUUAAGAAAGACAAGCUGCAGGUGAAAGGGUUGGUUCUCAGUGCUGUCUGCCAAGCUGUGCAAUACUUGGACAAGAUUGAUGCAAUUACUUCAAGAAGUCCAUUUGCACCCCCGUUUGAGCAUGGGAAUGUACGCCAGAAUCCAGCUCAACAAGGGGAGAAACCUAGUAUUUUGCAAAUGAGGAGGGAGUUGGAGCGGAUGAAAUCGGCUCUCGUAACGAAAAGCCACCUUUUUCAACCGCAUAUGAAAGACUAUCUCUUAAAAGAGAUCACGCUCCUCACUAACAAAAUAAACUCCAGUGCUGGCUCUUCUUCAUCUUAGUUACACCAUUUUCAAUGGCCUGUUAGCAGUGGAUAUUGGGCUUAGGUGCUCAUGAGAAAUUCACAAAACGUUAUGAGCUGGCGUGGCGUGGCUGGAAAGGCACAAUUUAUUGCGUAUCGCUGUAUUGACUGCCGGCCUUAUCACGUUACCAAUGAAGAAAAAUUCCAACGAAGGGGCCCAAUCGCAAGGUAAAUUUCGUAAUUACAAUUGUGGCACUUCUCUACCAUGAUUUAUCCCGUCGAUCGAAAAAAUUGAAAUGUGAAUUAUGUGAUUGGAUAUGACACCUUCCUCGUUUUACGUUCUUCUGUUUGUCGGAUUAUUUACUGAUUAAUUUUCUAAAAAUAACAAUGUUCUUCGUAUAGCUUCUUUCCUCAAUCAUGAUCUUAUCUCUUGUAAUCGUUUCUAGGUCGCCAUUCAAUUAACUCACAAUGUGGCUUGUAAAUCUGUUUAUGGGCCGGACAACAUCUUCAAAAUGUCAAUACUCUGUUUGGCUCAAGUGUUUUUUCGUUCAUGAAUUUUGAGCCGUCUUUAUGUGCUCUCAUAAUGUUUUAUUGCAAUUUUAAUUCAUGAAUAUAUAUGUCGAUUCUACCCUUUUUAUCCGCGACGUAUCAUUUCUUAUUCCAGGGGAGAUACGUAUACCUAGUCUUGCAGAAGUGAAGAGGGAGUUGGAGAGGAUGAAAUUGAUUCUCGAAACAAAAGGCCACCUGAUUGACCCUCAUAUAAAAGCCUAUCUUUUACAAGAGAUUUUGCUCCUCCGUAACAAAGUAAACACCGCCGCCGAGUCUUCUACGUCUCAGUGACAGCAUAUCUAUCGAUGCGUUAGCGUUUUUCAUUUUGUAAUUUUGAGCACUAUUUUCUUUUGUUUCGUUUUUUGUGAGUUUUAUUGAGUUUGGCGAAUCAGCAUGACAUGAACUGUUUUCUUUAUAAAAUAUGUCUUUGAUUU